AUGUGCAGCAUAUGCGGCGGAUUGGGAGGAGGACGAGGAUGGGGAAGAGGAGAGAGAAGGAUCGACCCUACGGCCUGCGGCAAAACAUCAAACAGGAGCAGCAGCACUGGCAGCGGCAGCACCAGCAGCAUCGGCAGCGGCAGCAGGCGCUCCACCACCACCAGCGCGAGCAUGGCCACCGCGGCGCCGCCCCCGCAGGCAGCCAGCGCCUCCCGGGCGGCUCUCGACCGCGGCCGCCUCGAAAGGGCUCCCCCGCGCGGGCUCGGGCCACCCUGCCGGCGCUGGCGCCCUGGAGGCGAAGCCCCUCAGCUCUUGCAGCGCGGCCUGGCGCACCGCCAGGUUCUGUGA